UUCCCCUGCUGUCCUAUAUCCAGCAUUCAAAUACAACAAAUCACUUCAUAACCUCUUUAUCAAUUCUCGAUAACUUCACCGAUUUUAACGUCAACAAUCACAAUGCCGUUCGCCAUGCCUGUCCCCUCCUCCCUCCAAAAGUCACUCGGCACAACAAAAGUCGAAUACAUCCGCCUAGGCUCCUCUGGUCUUCGCGUCUCGAGCCCCAUCCUCGGCGGAAUGUCUAUUGGCUCUAAGCAAUGGGCUCCCUUCAUGCUCGAAGAGAAAGAAGCGUUGGAACUCCUCAAAGCGGCUUACGAUCGAGGCGUGAAUACCUGGGAUACAGCGGCUAUGUACUCCAACGGUAUCAGUGAGGAGAUCUUCGGCAAGGCCAUCAAGCAGCUCAACAUCCCUCGUGAGAAAGUGGUGAUAUUGACGAAGUGCUAUAAUCAUGUUGCAAAAGAGCCAGGGUUCAUGGCGCCGGCGUUCUUUAACCAAAUGCAGCAGAGCAAAGAUUAUGUUAAUCAAGGUGGCCUCUCUCGCGCCGCAAUCUUCAGAUCCGUCGAAGCAUCUCUAAAAAGACUGGGCACCUCCUACAUCGACCUGUUCCAAAUCCACCGCUACGACCCGGAUACACCCAUCGAAGAGACCAUGAAAGCGCUCCACGAUCUCGUGCAAGCCGGCAAGAUCCUGUACAUCGGCGCCUCAUCGAUGUGGGCCACGCAAUUCGCGCGCAUGCAAUUUGUUGCCGAGAAGAACGGGUGGACGAAGUUUGUUAGCAUGCAGAAUUACUACAACCUCUGCUACCGCGAGGAGGAGAGGGAGAUGAAUCGUUUCUGCAAUGAGACGGGAGUUGGGAUUCUCAAUUGGAGCCCGCUUUUUGCGGGCAGGCUGGCGAGACCGGUCGGGUAUGAUGAGUCGCCACGCUCGAAGAACCCGACGCCGCAUGAUAAUGGGUUGACGAAGGCGGAUGAGGAGAUUGUGAAUAGGGUGGAGGAGUUGGCAGGCAAGAAGGGGUGGAAGAUGAGUCAGGUGGCGCUUGCGUGGUUGAAGAGUAAAGGGACUAUUCCGAUCGUGGGAUUCAAUUCGGUCGGUCGGAUUGAUGAGGCUUGCGAGACGCGCGGGAAGGAGUUGACUGCUGAGGAGAGGAAGUAUCUUGAGGAGCCAUACGUGCCGAAGAAUGUUGCUGGGCAUUUCUAGCCGUCGAGUUAUGACGAAUGGCCGUCAAUGCUAGUUGAUUUACUCUCAACGUAGUCUUCAAUUUCAAUCUUCG